AUGCUAUCUUCCUCAUCAAACCCUAGCUCGCUGCCUCCUUUGCAUAUCUAUUUGACUUCGUCGAUGUCGUAUCUCAUUAUCGGAACCUUAGCAUUAUCCGGUGUGUCGCACUGUGCACCGCCGUUUCACCCCACGUCCGCAGAAGCCAGAAGGAACAAGGAAGGUAGCAAAAUCGACAAGCAAUUGAAGUGUGAAGUUCUAAGGCAGCGAAGUUCUUCGACACAUUUGUCACUCAGAAGUUAUCAGGCAGCGAAAUCGACAAAUAUUCAACAACCAAACGACGGCGCAGCCAUGGCAUGUGCGAAUUGGAUACACUUUCACGCUACCUUCCCAACUACUAGCCAUCGGCGGGACACUCUUUCGUCAAGCUUCAGUCUAGCCACUUCCUCCUCCGGCAAGCCGAUAUACUCUUCAAAUUACCAAUACAGACCUCCAGCCGUCGCCGUCCAAGCUCAAGCCAAGCGAGGCUUCUCAAUGAAAAAGGAAGAGGAAACAGCUUCAGCGGCUGAUAUGCAAUUUGAAGCUCCGCUCAGGAUUGUGCUGUAUCCAGACCCUAUACUGAGGGCAAAGAACAAGCUCGUUGCUACAUUCGAUGAUAACUUAAAGAAAUUAGUAGACGAAAUGUUUGAUGUAAUGUACAAGAGUUGUUGGCUUCCUUGUCCACAGAACUGAUGGAAUCGGGCUCUCAGCACCCCAAGUUGGAAUUAAUGUUCAACUUAUGGUGUUUAAUCCGGUUGGUGAGCGAGGUGAAGGAGAAGAAAUUGUUCUUGUAAAUCCACGUGUCACAAGAUAUUCUAAAAAGUUGGCUCCUUUUACAGAAGGAUGCUUAUCUUUUCCAGGCAUCAAUGCUGAUGUGGUGAGGCCAGAAGCUGUUAAGGUUGAUGCACAAGACAUAACCGGUGAAAAGUUUUCAGUUGGCUUAUCAGGCCUCCCUGCACGGGUUUUUCAACAUGAAUUUGAUCAUUUAGAGGGUGUUCUCUUCUUUGACAGAAUGACUGCACAAGUUGUUGAUAGCAUCCGUACACAACUACAGGAGCUGGAACAAAAGUAUGAGGAUAGGACCGGAUUGUCAAGCCCUGAAAAAAUAGAAACCCGCAAAAGAUGGAAGGCGGCUGCUGGAUUUGGACGAUCUUGAUUUGAUUGUUGCCAUUAUGGUAGUAGUGUUUGUAUACUUUAUGCUAGUUUUACAUUUUUUUUGUUACAUUUAAGCAACAUCACGUAAGCUCUUUUUAAAGCUGGAAUCUAAAGUAUGCUGUUAUUUUGUUUUGAACAAUAUGAUACACAUUAACUAAAGGGGUAUGUCAUAACUAAUUACUAAUGUUGUUUAUAGUGUUAUGACCUUAAUAAAGUAUGGUGUGCUAUGACAAGUUUUACCGGUUUUGGGUAAUGUAAGUCGGAGGAGGAUGAAUUUUCAGACUUUUUCGAAUAUCUUCUAAUAAAAUAGGAAGUCCUUUGGUCUGCAAUUUGCUAAUGGG